AUUUCGUUUACCAGAUAUUGCAAUCGAUAUGUUAAUUAAAUUUGUUAAACAUAUUUUAACAGAAUUAGAUCAUGAACAGUUUAAAAAUUUUUCUACUUCUUUGUAUACUAUAAGAAAGAAAUUGGGAUUGAAGCAUCAAUUCGUCACUUUCUUUGUAUGCUCUUCAUGUCAUAAGUUACAUAAUAUAGAUGAUGUUAAACAACAUACAAUUCGUGAGCAGAAAGUAAUAAAAAAAUGUGAUCAUAUACAAUUUCCAAAUAAUCAUCAUCAUUCUCUUCGAAAAUGCGAUACUCCUUUAUCAGAACAAAAAGAACUAGGAGGUAAUAAGAUUGUUAAUUCUCCAUUAUUGAUUUAUCCAAUGGCCACUGAUCGAAAUGUUAAAAGAGAAAUACUAUGUGAUAUAUAUGAUGGUGAAAUUUGGAAGAAUUUUUUAAAUAGCGGAAUAGUAUAUAAUGCAAAUGAAGAGGAAAUAUUAGAUGAAGAAAAAUUUUUCAAUAAAGAACAUGCGGAUGAUCAUUUAGGUAUUAUGAUCAAUGUUGAUUGGUUCCAACCGUUUGAAAGAACGGUUCAUAGUAGUAGUGCUAUAUAUGGAAUUAUUUGUAAUCUUCCGAGGAAAUUGCACUUUAAUACUGAAAAUAUGCUUAUUUUAGGAUUAAUGCUAGGUCCUAAUGAAGCAAGUUUAUACCAGAUAAACCAUUAUUUAGCACCAAUCGUUGAUCAAUUGCUAGUUUUCUGGAAUGGUAUAAUAUUAGAACAAACUUUUGAACAUUCAACAGGAAGAUUAAUUAAAUGUGCAGUGAUUGCCUAUUGUUGUGAUAUACCAGCUGCCAGAAAAUUGUGUGGCCAUAUAUCGGCCAAUGUAUAUUGUCACAGAUGCAUUAAAGUUGCAAGAAAUAGAAACUUUAGUGGUAUAGAUAAUAUUGAUGAAUGGUUUAUUGCUAAGGAUGCAAACGAGUAUCGGGAAGCGGCAUUAAAAUGGAGAAAAUGUAAAAACAAUGAAGCUAGAAAAAGGCAU